UUCACAGUGCCUCUUUCAGGGAACAGCUUCAAAUGAUAUGGGAAAGAAACAAGUGUGCCCGCCUCGUGCCCUCCCUCCGGUGCCAAGUGGAAACCAAGAUGAAAUUCCACUCAGUCGUCCCAAAAAAAGGAAACCCAAAGGAAAGACUCCAUUAGAUGACAUCGUCCAAGCAGCGGUUCGUCGGCAGUCUGAAAGCAGUGAGCCCCUAACUCCUGAACCUCAUGAUGUCCCUCCUCAGAGGAAACGCAAGAAGAAGAAAGUACCUACAGAUUCUGAGACCUCUUUUACCCAGCAAAAUGUUGCAUCCCUAUUUCAGAAUGGAAAUGGCAUGGAUGUCCCUGAAGCUGAAGAAACAGUGAUCCGCAAACAGAGAAAAAGAACAAAGAGACCUCGGCCAGCCGAAAUGCACUGUUCCAAUGAGCUGGAAGUGGAGGAGGAAGACAUCAUUGAAGAUGAGCACAGAAAGAGCCCAGAUCAGCAGCCUGUGUUUGCUGCUCCCACUGGAAUUAGCCAGCCUGUUAGCAAAGUGUUUGUUGAAAAAAAUCGGCGUUUUCAGGCAGCUGACCGUGCAGAAUUGAUUAAAACCACUGAAAAUAUCAAUGUACUUAUGGAUGUGAAGGCUUCGUGGACUACCAGAGAUGUCGCCCUCUCAGUGCACCGAAGUUUCAGGGUGAUAGGACUCUUUACCCAUGGCUUCCUUGCUGGGUAUGCUGUAUGGAACAUCAUUGUUAUCUACAUUUUGGCAGGAAAUCAGCUUUCCACAGUUUCUAACCUGCUCGAGCAGUAUAAGACACUAGCAUAUCCAGCUCAAAGUUUGUUCUAUUUGUUGCUGUCUAUCAGUACAGUCUCAGCCUUUGACAGGAUUGAUUUGGCAAAAGCAUCAGUUGCACUGAGGGGCUUUCUUACCCUAGACCCAGCAGCAGUAGCCUCUUUCUUGUACUUUGCUGCUCUUAUCUUAUCCUUAAGCCAGCAGAUGACAUGUGACAGAAUUAACCUCUACACACCACCUUCGGAAAAUGGCAGCAUCUGGACGGCAGGUACAGAGGAAGAAAUUGUUCAGCCAUGGGUUGUGGUGAAUCUGGUAGUGUCUAUUCUAGUUGGGGCAAGUUGGAUCUUCUUGUCUUACCGACCAGAGCUAGACCACAGUGAAGAACUGAUGUUUCAUGCUGAAAUCGAGGAAUUUCCCCAGGGAGAUACCAUACCCAGAGUUCAGCCAUAGUGUGGAACAAGCAUCUGCAAAUAUUGUAGCUGUGACUGACGGCUCAACAUGUUGUGUCUUAUAGCCAUGUAUUAUAACUUUCAUAAAGAAAGAAGUGUAUUUUUAUAUUGUAUAUAUUUGGUUUUGAUCUUUUUAUGUAUGCUACAAUUUCCAAAUGUGAUUGAAAACUUUUAUACUUUUGGUUUUUAUUUUACAAAGUAGAUUAUCUCUAGUGCAUAAAGUCAAGGUGAUUUUGUAAAUAUUGGUACCUAUAUAGCCAAAGAAACUAGAUGGAUGCAGAAGAUCAGGUAUUCAGUGCUUUUUUGACUGCUGUACAGUCUUCAACAACCUGCUUCUGUUACUAAUGCUGAUAGCAGUUGGCUUACCUGAUUUGGCUAAAUAUUCUCUAGAGAUUAAAAUAGAUCUUAUGAAGAAAGUAGUCUAAGGAAGAUUGUAAAACAGAGUUAGGAAACAUAAAAACCACGAAGUUAGUAAGCAUAAAAUAAUCUGGGUUUAGAUGUCAUAAAAAGUAUUUGCUAGAAUAAGGGAUUGGAUUGUCAGGGAUUUUGUUUAAUAAUUCCUUAAAAGAGGACACUUCAUUUUUCUUCAUCUUCAUUUACUUCUCUUGACAAAGAUCUUGAUGAUAACAAGUUCUUUCAAGUUGAUGUAGAUACAGGACACAGAAGUUUUAAUGUGGCAACAGUUUGGUCAGCUAAUGAAUACCUAAAUACAUCCUUUAAUCAAGCAGGGGUUUUUUGGCUUGCCAACAGGAUAUAUGUACAUCCUGUAAUUUCUCAACAGUCAGGACACAUAACUAUUGCAAAGUCAUUCACAGGAAUAGUGUUCCGAUUUCUCCUUAUCUUGUAUAGCAGGAGCAGUAGUGUUACUCACUGCUCCUUCUAAAGAAACUUGGAUUUCACAGUUCCUACUUCUACCUAUUUUGUUAGAGAUUGAUUUCCCCCAAAAGGAUAUUUGUUGUUUUGUGUUAGGAUGGAAUGGGAAACUUCUCCUAAAAUUACAAGAAAAUGCUUACUAAAGCAAAAGAAAAACUCUGCAGCAACCCACCUUCUAUGUAGUGAUGCAGUAGUAAUAGUGGCAGUUGGUGGGUUUUGAUCAUGAUAGCCAACAUUCUUUUUCUUUUAUAUUGAAGUGGCAAAGUGAAAGCAUCACAGCUGUGAAUAAAUACGGAUGUAUUGCAGGAUGAAACAAUCUCCUGAGUAGACCUAGACAAGAGCUAGUUUGAAAUCCAUUUCUCAAGAAAGUAUCACCUGAAACCCCAAACCUAUUUCUAUAUGUUAUUUAAUAUGUAUUGAUUUUGCAUUGUUUUAUUUAAUGUGUGUGUCUAAGUGUGGUUGUAAAGGGUGUGCAGUUGUCAAAGUUCCCUGGAGAAUUACUCCACUUUCUAGUAGUGAAGUUAAGAGUAGCCAGAUGAAAGACUUGAAGGGGGAUGUUAAAGAGCCAGUAACUUCCUAUGCUGUUACCUGAGUUGCUUUAAAACAAGGAUGGGAACAUGAAUAACUAGGGCGGCUGCUGCUGCUGCCCUGUUGAGGACUUGAGUUCUGUUAUGCCCAUCCAGCAAAUCUAAGGAAUUCAAAAAUUCAGUGUUCAUGACAUUUUUUAAAUGCUGUGGUAAU